AUGACGGACGUGGUUAAUUCGGCUCCCGUCUCUCCCCUUUUCCAUUUCUACAGCACGUAUGGGAUAUAUGGUCUUCUUUCCGUCGUACUUGCCGUGUAUACCUUGGCGCUUGUUGUCUAUCGCCUGUAUCUGCACCCACUAGCUCGAUUUCCAGGGCCCAAGCUUGCUGCCGCCACGGGAUGGUAUGAGUUCUACCACGAUGUCAUCAGAGGGGGGAUGUAUAUCCACGAGGUCAAAAGGAUGCACAGAGAAUACGGCCCCAUCAUCCGCAUCAAUCCGUAUGAAAUUGUGAUCAACGACCCGGACUUCUACAACACCGUCUACGUGGCCUCCAACACCCGCCGCACGGAGAAGUGGACUACCCUCCAAGGGACGGGGCUUAGCGGCAAGGCGUUCUUUUGCGCCAUGGGAAUGACAAUGGGCCACGAACUGCACCGCCGCCGCCGCAAGUACUUCGAUCCCUUCUUCUCCCGUCUCGGCGUCACGCAGAUCGAGGGCAUGGUCGUGGACGAAGUCAAACUACUCAUCAGCCGACUCGAAGGACUCAGCAAAUCGGGCCGUAUUGUCCAGAUGGAGCAUGUCACCGCUGCGUUUACAGGUGAUAUUGUGAUGAGGAUCUGCUCGGAGAAGUCGCCUGAUAUGAUACGGCACCCGGAGUUUGGCAAGCAAUGGCAUGAGACAAUCCACACCUACCAGCGGCAGGUGCUCCUCUUCGUGCAAAUCCCUCAACUGAUCCCGCUCACCCAAAUAAUCCCCGCGGCGAUCGUAACAUGCUUGUCCCCAGGAGCCGCGGCAUUCAGGAGCCUGCACCAGUACGCAUUCAACCACAUCACCGAAGCCAAAAAAGAAAUGGUCAGCGUGGAAAAGGUGCAGCAGGAGGCGCGAAGUUCUGUCUUCCGCCACGUGCUAUCCAGCGACAUGCCCGAGUCCGAGCGCGAGACCGAACGACUCGCCCGGGAGGCCUUGCAGCUUUUUGGUGCAGGCACAGCGACUCUCGUCCGCGCAUUCAGCGUGGUGAUGUACUAUAUCCUGUCCGACCCGCACAUGAGGGACCGACUCCGCGAGGAGCUGAAGGAUAUCAUGGCGGGCUAUCCGUCCAAGAUACCCACUUGGCAGGAACUUGAGAGGUUACCGUAUUUGCAUGGAAUUGUUAAAGAGGGCCUGAGACUCAGUUACGGUGUCAUGCGUCACCUCGCCCGCGUCUCGCCCGAUCAAGCGCUGCAGUAUAAAGAGUGGAGCAUACCCGCCGGGACCCCCGUGGGUAUGUCAUCGCAUAGUCUGCACUCCGACCCAGAGACAUUUCCCGAGCCGUCCAGGUUUCUCCCAGAGCGGUGGAUGGACAAGUCGAACCCGAACAUGAAUCGGAACUGGGUGCCCUUUGCCAGGGGGUCGAGGAUGUGUAUUGGCAUGAAUCUCGCCUUGGCUGAAAUGUACUGGGUACUGGCUGUUAUUUUUCGACCGGGCGCGCCGAGGCUGGAACUAUUCGAGACGACCGAGGCCGAUGUCGUUCCGGUGCGGGAUUACGUGGGAGGGAUCCCGGAAUUUGGAACGAAGGGGUUGAGGGUGAAAGUCGGGUAAAGGGGUGUGCAUGGAAGCCGGACUUCUAGUGUCCAGUAACGAGGGGCUGGUUUGAG